AUGGAAUCGGCGUUGGCGCGGAAGCCACCAUCGCCUCCGGUCUGCGCGACGACGAGCUCGUCGGAAGAGGCGGCGGGCAUGGACUUGGGCGCAUAUCGCGCAAGGUCCUGGACGCCAGAUGCACUCGACCUGAGUGCGUGCAAGGACCGUGGCGACAGCGACAGCGACUUCUCGUUUCUUCAAUCGCCCACGAAAAGUGCACCGACUGAAACCGAGUCGUGGCAAACACGGUGCUUCCGCGUGUACACACCCACGCGCAUGUUUGUCGCGUGCAUCUUGGUGGCGGCAGCCAUUGCCGCCAGCAUCUUGCUAGGCUACAUCGUUACGUCCGAAUUCAACGCAGUCACGCCGACGACGACCCCCGCUGCAAAAGGAGCCACGAAUUCUGCAUGGUCAGGGUUCCACAAGACGGCGUGGGACGCGAUGAUGUUCAGCCUCCCCAACACGUGCCGGAUCCUGUCCCUGUUGAGCGUCACAAGCGUGCUGCUGUACUACACGUGGGCGGAUACAUUUCGAUUCAACGCGAUGCCACUCAUGCUACCUUUGCUGCUGUCGCAGCUGGGCCUGCUCACAUCCAAGUUCCUCGUGGCCGUCGCGUCCAUCUUCUCACCCGACGACGUUAUCACGACAUCGACGAGAUUCAAGGGUGCGUACGGCCCAAUGUGCAAAUCCACCGUAUACUGCGGCCUCCCGAGCAGCAUCCUCACCACAACGUUCAACUUGAGCCAGAUUGCGUUCACGAUUGCAAUGACUCUGCAGCUCCUGCAGUCGGUGGGGUCGCCCGUCGAGGCGCUGUGCGACACCCGGCAAGUCGAUCGCAAGACGAGCCGAUGGAUUGUCGGCAUACUGUCAAUGUGCGUGGCUGUGGCAGUAACUAUUUCGUGGACGACAGUGCCUCCCGUGCCGACGUCCGACACGUGUCAGUACAACCCAUGGGUGUGCACGAGCGACGAAACACGGCUCUUGAACAACAUGAUUGCGCCCGCGAUAGGUCUUGGCACAGUCACACUGCUCUACUUUCGCAUUCGCAACAAGAUCCAUGGGCUGUACCCCAAGCACGCCCGCCGCACGUUCAAAUCGGUGGCUACAUACUUGAUUGUCGUGUUUGUUGUCACGUGGGGCAUCUCCCUCGGCAUGUUUUCGGUCUUGACCAUCCUGCGCGAGCUGCCCGACCAUUCGCCGAAAGUCCAGCCUGCCGAAUUUCGCCAAAAUUCGCAAAGUGCCAUCAACGCGAUCAAGCGGAAGGUUCAGUUUAUGCUACUCACGUUUGUCCCGUACGACCUGCAGGGGUUCCUCACGAGUGUUGUCGCGCUGUGGAGCUACUUUCGGCUCCGGACGCGGGACUUGAAGCCACUCAACUGCUGCUUUGACCAGACCCACACGACGUUGAAGCUGGUCGACUUUGGCUUUUCGCGGCUCUUCCGCGCCGACCCGAGCACGUCGAAACACCCGACAGCGACGCCACGGACAACCACGACCACCACCGACAAAGACCUCGACACUCGGCGGACGAACCUGCCGCUGUUCAGCAGUGCCACGUCCCGGUUUUCUCGACUGCCCGACCCGCCAAACGAGUCCAGCGACGGCAGCUCGAGUCCGGCACUCCUCAUGACGUCGCGCGUCGGCACUGUGUGCUGGGCGGCGCCGGAGGUCUUGUCCGAGGAAGAGCAGACCAUGUACAGCCUCAAGGUCGACGUGUACAGUUUCGGGAUCAUUUGCUGGCAGCUCUACACAGGCAAGCAGCCGUACAGCGACAUCCCUGGCAGUGUCUUGGCCGUCGAAGAGGCGGUGCUCCAGGGGACGCGGCCUCGCAUCCCGGACGACUGCCCCGUGCACUUUGCCAAGCUCAUGCGGCGCGCGUGGCACGCCAACCCGGACCGACGCCCGUCCUUCGCCGACAUCGUCAGGGUGCUCAUGGGCGAACUCAACCAAUUCCACCUGUACGGCACGGCGCGGAGCGAGCCACCAAGUCCAUGCGACCUGGACUAG